AGGCUAAGUCUCUGACGUUAGACCAGUUCAUGGAAAUGGUAGAAGCUCGAUGGCAUAAUCCACAGGAGGCACAAAGAGCCACUGAUGCGAUUAGCAAGCUGGACCAACGAAAGUUCAAGUCGGUCAGAGAGCUUACGACUACCGUUGAGAGCCUGAUCCUCGUCUCAGGCAUCAACUACAGUGACCAGUUCCUGUUAACUACGUUUGUUAGAUGUUUACCAGAGAACAUCAGGAACUUACUGGCCAGUGAGGCACGCACUGAGUACCAUUCGUUUCAGACACUGCCUAGGAAAGCCUUAGAUUUAGAGGCCACACUAGGCAAUGCUCAACCAACCUCUCAGAUUGACACGAGGAAGAAGAAGAGUCGUCAGGAGUGGAAGAAGAAGGGGGCUAAGUUGAUGAUGGUUGAGUCCGAUGGGACUCAAACGGAGAUCAACGAGCUCACUGACCUGAUGGACUAUACAGAGUUUGACGGCGAGGAGCUAGCUGAGGGUAGCACCCUCGCCGCGGUAGUCAAGACUAAGGCAGGUGGCCGAGGGAAGGGCCAACCUAGGAGUCAAGGAAAGGCGGCCUCCAAUCAGACCAAGCAGGCUGAAUGGGUGAAGGCAGGUCUUGACCAAGACGUGUGGCGUGACCGCCGAGUGCGUUACGCAAAAGAUACCUCCAGAGAUGAGGGCAUCUUAUUCCCAGGCUUCAAGCUCGGGAAAUGCGUGAGGCCAGUGGAAGUAUUAGCUGCUUCUACUCAAGAUGAAGUGGGCUUGAUACCCUCCUCACUCCAUGACAAGGCCGAAGCUAAUAACUCCUUAGUCACCCCGCAGACACAUCUAGACCAAACUAUGCUCUGUACGUUAGAUGUGUCUGAAGCCUUAGAAGACUUAGAAGGCGAAUGGUCAAACAAGGACCCUCGCGAGUCUUGGGUGGCGCUGAAGAAAGGUCCUAGAGGGGAACAUUUCGUAGUGGAAUUGGACGUAGGAGGCCGCAAAUGUGGUGCCUUCAUAGACAUCGGAUCCACGCGGAAUUACAUAAGUUGCGACUGUUUGGAAAGGCUGCACCUACAGGACCGGGUACGGCACCUUAGUAGACCUGUAGCAUUGACUUUGGCCAACAAGGAGCGCAUGAUCGUAACAGACUACAUCAAGGACGUAGUCUGUACCUUCUCCUAUGGAGGAGGCGAACUUAACCAUAAGAUCUCGUUCUUGGUUAGCGACGACUUACCAUUCGACAUGUUAUUAGGCAUGUACUACCUCGAAGUUGCUAAGCCCCAGUUUGACAGGGAUAAGAAGGUGCUCAAGCAUAAGUUGCCCGAUGGCCGAACUGUCAGAUUGACUAAGUUCAAGGCUAGUAGCAUUAUAGAUACCUAUGGCUGCUUGUGCGCAUCGGCGUUCUACAAUUAUUACAAGCAAAGCGAAGAGGAGGGUAUGUACCUUGUGUAUGUCUCUGAGAAAGGGGAGGCCGUUAAAACACCCCCAGAGAUAGAAUGCGUCGUUGCUAAGUUCCCUGAUCUGUUCGAGGAGCCCACAGGAGUUGUUGAAAGGGAAGUCGUCCACGCUAUAGAAAUCAUUCCAAGGAACUACCUAGGUGCGCUAGUUUUUGACUUUCGCGUAUCUGAUGAAGUAACUCAAUCGUUGGUGGGAGCCUAUCAGGAAGACCCUGUCACGAUGGACAUCAUUCGCAAACUUCAGGCAAAAGACAAGGCUAGGGAAAGCGAGUUUGUGAUGGUGGACGGGCUCCUCUAUCUUGAUAAGACCGGAAUAAAAAGAUUAGUAGUUCCAUCUAGUGAACCUUUGCGUAGUUUGUUCUUAGGAGAAUGCCAUGACGCAAUGGGACACUUUGGCUACAAGAAGACGAGUGCUAACUUAGUACAACGAUUUUGGUGGUCAGGAAUGUUCGAUGACGCAAAGAAGUACGUAGAGACCUGGCAGGUCUGUCAGCGGGACAAGCCGCGAACUCAAGCACCGCUUGGGUUGUUGAAGCCUUUGCCUAUUCCUGCUGGUCCAGGACGGAGUGUUUCCAUGGAUUUCAUGGACACCCUGGUGACUAGUAAGAGUGGCAAGAGGCACAUCUUCGUCAUCAUCGAUCGAUUCACCAAGUACGCUAGACUAGUGGCUAUGCCAGAGACCGCAAGAACUGAUUAUGUCAUCAAGUUGUUCAAAGACAAUUGGGUGUGUGACUUUGGUUUACCAAAGUCAAUCAUUAGUGACCGAGAUGUCCGAUUCACAAGUGAGUUGUGGAAGAAGACUGCAGAACAGAUGGGCAGUCAACUUCAGAUGACUUCAGGGAAUCAUCCCGAAGCCAACGGGCAAGCCGAGCAAAUGAACAGAGUUGUACAGCACUUGCUGAGGCACUACAUCAAGCCCAGCCAAGAUGAUUGGGAUGAGCAGUUGCAUCUCAUCGCCAGCCUGUACAACAAUGCUAUCCAUAGCAGUACCGGCGUUAGUCCUAAUCAGCUGCACUUGGGAUGGAAGCCUAGAUCAGCACUAGACUUCCUCCUACCUGAAAACCGACCCGCUGCAACUCCAGGCACACUAGAUUAUGGUGUGCAGUAUGAGAAGUUGCUGCAAGAGGCUGUCGACCAUAUGAAGAAAGCUCAGCAAGCAAUGAUUGCUUCUGAGAAUCAACAUCGUAGACAGUCCACAUUUCAGGUUCUCCUGACGGAUUACCUAAGGUGCCUACCUGCAGAGGUAAGGACCAAGCUGGUUGAUGAGGCCUAUGUCGAACAGCACACCUUCGCUUCUUUUACUAAGAAAGCUCUGGACAUAGAGGCAAAGCUGGGGUCUGCGCAUAAGGUAUCUCAUGAUGGUAGGAAGAAACUCCCCCAAGACGAGAUUGAUGAAUUCCCAGACCUUGGGGAGUUGACAGAGCAAGAUGGGGCUAGUGAGACUUCAGAUGGUGGAGUCGUGGCACCUAUCAAGGAAAAGGCUAGGGGGACCGGGAAGAAGAAGGUAGGACGGUCCGCGGGUCAGGGAGACCAAUGGACACCCGCAUGGGUGAAGCUUGGUUUGGAUCACGAGGUGUGGAGGGACCGAGUUGCCAGGGGCACAUGCAUGAACUCUGGCAACUAUGGGCACACGUCCAGGAUUUGUCGCGGCAAGAAGGUCACCACGAAGGUAGCCUCACCAACGGUGGAAUGUCGGUACUUCACAAAGAUAGAUCUGAAGUCCGGAUACCAUCAACUUGCCGUUAGACCUGAGGACCAGCACAAAACCGCAUUUCAGACCAGGUACGGUCUGUACGAGUUUGUGGUCAUGCCUUUUGGCCUCUGCAAUGCGCCUGGUACAUGUCAGCACGCGAUGAAUAGGAUUUUUCAUGACUACUUGGACAAGUUUAUCGUCGUGUACCUCGACGAUAUUCUCAUCUUUAGUAGGACUGUGGAGGAGCACGCUGAGCACUUGAAAACAGUGCUAGGUCUCCUAAGACAGCACCAGUACAAGGUUAACUUGGACAAAUGUGAGUUUGGUCGCACCAAGAUCUUGUACUUGGGUCAUGAAAUUUCAGCAGAUGGAUUGAGGCCAGAAGAUGUGAAGGUGGCCAGCAUACGUGACUGGCGCCGACCUCAGACUGUUACUGAGGUCAGAUCGUUUUUGGGGAUGACGGGCUAUUAUCGUCCGUUUGUGAAAGACUAUAGUACUAUAGCUUCCCCAUUAACAGAUCUAACUCGACUUGACACCCCUUGGGAGUGGACUGAAGAGUGUGAGGCGGCCUUUAGGAAACUGAAGUACGCUCUAACACACUAUGAGGUUCUUAAACUUCCUGAUCCUGAUAAGCCGUUUGUCGUGACCACAGACGCCAGCCAAUAUGGCAUAGGCGCGGUCCUUGCGCAAAAGGAGGGGCCCAAGUUGAGACCCAUCGAGUACAUGAGCAAAAAUAUGCCAUCUCAGAAACUGGCUAAGUCCACUUAUGAGCGUGAGCUCUAUGCCCUGUACAGAGCGCUGGUACAUUGGAGACACUAUCUCCUCGACAGAUUCUUCUAUGUGAGAUCUGACCAUGAGACCUUGGGAUGGAUCAAGACUCAGCCAGUACUCUCUGACGCCCUCAAGCGUUGGAUACAAGUGAUAGAUAUGUAUAACUAUCAACUUGAUCCAAUCAAGGGAGAGUACAACAAAGUAGCUGAUGCGUUAUCUCGUCGGGCGGAUUAUCUGGGCGCACUAGUGACUGAGUUUGGCAUAUCUAGCGACUUAACUCGAUCAUUGGUGGAUGCCUAUCAGCAAGAUCCAGUUAUGUCUGAGAUCAUCCGUAGAUUCCAAGCAAAGGACAAAAAGACUUUGGACGAAUUUACAAUGAUGAAGCGGGCAGUACAGCACCUGCUUCGGCAUUACAUUAAGCCAAGUCAGGAUGACUGGGACGAGAAGUUACCUCUCGUCGCCAGCUUGUACAACAAUGCUGUGCACAAUACAACUGGUAUUGGUAUGACUCCCAACCAGUUACAUCUUGGUUGGAAACCCAGAACUGCAUUGGACUUUCUGCUACCAGAAAGACAAUCCACUGCAGCACCUGGCGGCAUAGAUUUUGUUGUCAAAUAUGAACAGAUGCUGCAGCAGGCCGUUGAACAUAUUAGGAAGUCUCAGGAUGCUAUGAUUGCAUCUGAGAAUAAGCAUAGACGGCCCUCUAACUUUCAGGUAGGUGAACGAGUCUGGGUAAAGUCAUCUGAAUUAGGUCAGGAGUUGGGGAUAUCCAGAAAACUGAUGCCACAAUAUUUCGGGCCCUGGGAGAUCUUGGACGUUGUAGGGGAUCAACCGGAUGGGCCUUCAUACGUGAUCCGUAUUCCUGCACACUUACGCACCUACCCAUUGUUUCAUGCCUCCAAGCUGGCACCUUUCGCUGCCACUGAUCAGUUUCCUUCCAGAAGAUCAAUGCUGCCCCCAACCAUGGAUGGCGAAGUGGACAUUGACCAGAUCGUCGAGCAUCGACUGAUGCCUGUUCCUCGACCAUCAGGCAGAGGGCGACCUCCUAAACCGAGAAUGCAGUAUCGUGUGAGCUUCAUACAUCAUCUGGAUCCAAAAGAAGACCGGUGGUUCACACGAGAAGAACUCAUGAGAAGAGCACCUCAAGUGAUCGCAGGCUAUGAAAGAGCACUCAAGGGGAAGAUGCCUGCAGAAUGAGAGACUUCUCAGAGGACUCACGAAGUAAAGGAGGAGGGAAUGCGAGGAUCAGGGUCCUCGGUAGGCCUAUGGGGCCCUGUUUGCAGCAUUACCCGUCCGAAGUGAAGGCGGAGGUGCCCGUCCUAAGCGAUGGCGGGCCUGGCUUUUUGCAAGAGGCCCUCGACUGUCAAUUUCAUAUUUGGGGUCUAGGCAGUUGCGACGCGCCAAUUGGUUGAAAGAAACACAAGCCGAGCAACAAAGACAUUUACACGGC